GAGGGGGAGCCUAGGCGGAUCGGUGAGGGCAGGGGGUGCCCGGGGUGGAGGAAACCGGGGCUCCUGGCCCUUGGGUGCACACAGCCUGCCGCGCCCCGGAGCUCGGGCAGCCCCCUUUCCCGACGCGGUCACGAAGGACUCGAGGGGUCAGGGAUCUGCCCAAGGCCCCGCCCGCGCCCAGGAAGGUUCAGACCUGCGGGGUCGCGGCGCCCACGUACCGUCCUCACCUGGGCGCAGGGGCGCGUGUGGCCCCAGCUGUAACCCCACCCCGAUGGGGCAGGGUUUAGCAGCUCCAGGCGGGGAAGAGCUCCCCCAAGUGACAUUGUCUCCGCUUCUUGCCGUCAACCCUUGUUUUUUGUGGGAUUCCUGAGUCCCUCGGGGACCCUCAUAGCUGCUCCUGCCUCCGUGGAUGCUGGGCUGCUGUGAGUCCCAGUUUCCUCACCUAUGAAGCGGGUGGGGUGGUGGAACAGACUGGCCCCUCCGCCAGCAGGUGGGAUGCUAUGGAAUAUGACGAGAAGCUGGCCCGGUUCCGGCAGGCCCACCUCAACCCCUUCAACAAGCAGCUUGGACCAAGGCAGCAUGAGCAGCGGGCCACUGAGGAGGCCCCAGACACCACUUCUGAAGAGAGCCCGCCUGAGCCGGAGUUCCACUGCACCGAGCGCGUGAUGGACCUGGGUCUGGCCGAGGACCACUUCUCCCGCCCCGUGGGCCUGUUCCUGGCCUCGGAUGUCCAUCAGCUGCAGCAGGCCAUCGAGGAGUGCAAGCAGCUGAUCCUGGAGCUGCCUGAGCACUCCGAGCGGCAGAAGGACGCCGUCGUGAGGCUCAUCCACCUCCGGCUGAAGCUCCAGGAGCUGAAGGACCCCAAUGAAGACGAGCCCAACAUCCGCGUGCUCCUGGAGCACCGCUUCUACAAGGAGAAGAGCAAGAGUGUCAAGCAGACGUGUGACAAAUGCAACACCAUCAUCUGGGGGCUCAUUCAGACCUGGUACACCUGCACAGGGUGUUACUACCGCUGUCACAGCAAGUGCUUGAACCUCAUCUCCAAGCCCUGCGUGCGCUCCAAAGUCAGCCACCAAGCCGAGUACGAGCUGAACAUCUGCCCGGAGGCGGGGCUGGACAGCCAGGAUUACCGCUGCGCCGAGUGCCGCGCGCCCAUCUCUCUGCGAGGCGUGCCCAGCGAGGCCCGGCAGUGCGACUACACGGGCCAGUACUACUGCAGCCACUGCCACUGGAACGACCUGGCCAUCAUCCCUGCGCGCGUGGUGCACAACUGGGACUUCGAGCCACGCAAGGUGUCUCGCUGCAGCCUGCGCUACCUGGCGCUGAUGAUGUCACGGCCGGUGCUCAGGCUCCGAGAGAUCAACCCCCUGCUGUUCAACUACGUGGAGGAGCUGGUGGAGAUCCGGAAGCUGCGCCAGGACAUCCUGCUCAUGAAGCCAUACUUCAUCACCUGCAAGGAGGCCAUGGAAGCACGUCUGCUCCUGCAGCUCCAGGACCGGCAGCACUUCGUGGAGAACGACGAGAUGUACUCGGUCCAGGACCUGCUGGACGCGCACACGGGCCGCCUGGGCUGCUCGCUCACGGAGACCCACACGCUCUUCGCCAAGCACAUCAAGCUGGACUGCGAGCGGUGCCAAGCCAAGGGCUUCGUGUGUGAGCUCUGCAGAGAGGGUGACGUGCUGUUCCCCUUCGACAGCCACACGUCUGUGUGCCGAGACUGCUCCGCCGUCUUCCACAGGGACUGCUACUACGACAACUCCACCACCUGCCCCAAGUGUGCCCGGCUCACCCUGAGGAAGCAGUCUCUCUUCCAGGAGCCCCAGGCCGACAUGGAUGCCUAGAGCCAUGGGCACCCCUCCUCGGCCUGCCUGGAGCCCACCCUCCUGGCCAUUGCCAAUGCCAAGGUGUUUCCUGUGCUCUGGAGACCCCUGGGGUGCAGCCCCUGGACCUCUCCCCCACGCUGGGCCUGAGGGGCAUAAGUGCCACAGGGACCAUUGUGUCUGGGAGUUUGCUGGGACUUGGGGCUGUGCCUGGCUGUUUCCUGGGUGUGCUGCUGCGGUGAGGGCUGGAGUGUACCCCCGCCCCUACAGGGCUCCGUGGGCAGGGGAGUGGACAGCUUCUCUUCUUCCCUGUGGUGAAGAGCCCCCCGUGCCCUUGGAGCUUAGGCAGCAGGGUAUCAGCCACCGUGCCAACCCUGGUUGGCCUCAGGGGAUUGGCUGACGAGACCCGAGGAUGCCGGCUGCACACACCCAGCCUGGGCCUGAGGCUCAUGUGCAGUGGAUGGUUUGGGAUCUACUGGAGGCUCCCAUCCCCCCAGCCCCUUGUUCCUUUGGAAUCUUCUGGUUGUUCCUGGCUGGGGCUCCUCACAGCUGUCCCCCAAGGGCCCUGGCCCUGUCUCCACGGUUCUCUCCAGUAGGUGAGAUGUUGCCUGGAGACCAGGAACUGACGGACAGGGACAGAGCCAGUCCUGGGCCUUUCUGUGCCACAGAGAGGGAAGGGGGCCAUGGGGCCCUCCUCUGGUGGACUGGCUACAGCUCUGACUUGGCCUCAUCCAGCUCUGGCCUCACCCUGCUGCUCUGAGCGGGUGGCUGGGAGUCCUGCCUCCAGGUGUGGAGACGGGGAGACUCCAGGUUAAGCAAGAAGAUUGGUUACAGCAGACUCGAGUAGCAUUUCUGGGGACCAGAUUUGUCCCACCACAGUGCCUGUGGAGGAGCCUGGACAGCCUGGAGACCACCAGCCAGGGACCUUUUCUAGGGGGGCCUGAGGCCAGGCACUGGGAGUACCGGCUGCAGGGAGCUCCAGGCAGGAAGCCUAGAGCCCACAGAGGAAGAGGCCCCAGCACCUGACCCACUGCUCCUCAGUGGGGGAGCUGCGCCGACUGGACAUCUGCAGGGAGGCCCGUGUGUCGGAGACCCUGCACCGAGGGGAAGGCCUGAGGGAAGGCGCUUCCCUGGCUGCACUGUGCUCAGCUGCCUCGCGCAGGUGCAGGGUGGUGGGCAGGGGACACAGCCACUGCGGUGCCCCUCACCUUUGACUGGGAAGCCCACGGGAAGAGGUCGUAGCCAGCAGAAGGGGCAGCUCAGCUUGCUGGCUGAUGCGAGGGGCACUGAAGACAGUGCCGUGUGGUGGCUUUAGGCGACCCUGCUCUGCCCUGCUUCAGUGUGACAGCGAGGAGCGGGCUCAACGACGGGUCCUCGGCCCACCUCUCCUCUGGGGCUGCAGAGGGGGUAAGGGCAGGUGCCUCGGGUCUGCACGUUUUCAUGGCCACACGUUUCUGUCGUGGGGACAUUAGCCAUCCCUGAGUUUCCCGUGUCACAGGGUCCAGAGAAAACGUAGGCAUGCUGGCAUUUGUCCGACACAGCUGGCUCCCCUCCCUUUUUUUAAGCUCCCUUAAUUACCUCCUGCCUCAACACCUCCUCCCCACCUGCAUCUUCUGGAUGACAAAGUCUCCAAACAGAAUCACGGGUGGUCUGAGUCCACAGCAACGUAACAAAACCCACCGAGAAACCGGUUUGCACCUCCCGGAGGAACAGUGAGGGGCACCCAGCUGGGACAAGGUUGCAGCCACUGUCUCAUUAAAUCUGUGUACUCCAGACUCUGCUGUGUGUGGUGAAAUGGGGGCAAGGCAGGGCGUGUCGGACACACGCCUGAGGUGUGCAGACGUAUCUUCUGUGAGGUGGUGAAGGUGCAGACAGUAUCUCACAGGUUGUUUGGGCUCUGGGGGGGUGGGAGCACUGAGCUGGGCACACGGAGAAUGCUCAGGAAGCAGAAGCUAUGUCUCACUUCCAGAGUCCUGUGGUAGAAGAGCUGUCUCGUUGGCCAGUGUAGCAAUGAGAAAGUCACAGGUCCGGGGCCCGCUGCAUUUGCUAGAGCACUGCAAGGGCUGACACUGAACCUCAAGGUCAUGCCAGUCACCCUUGGACAUCAGGAAACCGUAAAUCCCCAACACAAAUUACAUCCAAACCUCUGUACAUGUACAUUUUUCUACAGGGAAAUCUGUGGAUUCGACGAGGAUCUCAAAGGGGCUAUGGUGCAGAAAACCUCAGGAGUUUCGGCUAGGUGACAAUGCUUUGUCUACAUGCGUGGUGAUCAGAUAGGCUGUCAGCAACCCUGCCCCUAAAGCUUGCGGCUGAGCCUCAGCUACAAACAACUGAAGCUCUACUUUGGAUAUCGGGGAGGAUGUGAUCUUUACCCUCCCCCACUUUCAGGUUAUGAAAUAGGAUCUUAACAUUUUUAUUUUGACACACUUAGGCUUACAGAACAUUGCAAACCAUUCCUAUGUACCGGUCUCCUGGAUGUCCUAAAUAUUAAUAGUUGGCCCCAUCUGCUUUAUUCUUUCUCCACAUGUACCUUUUUCUCUGAAUGGUCUCACAUGGUGGGUUGCAGAGACAAUAUCUUUCAGUACUUGUGUGUAUUCCUUCCAAACAAGGGCAUUAUCUUACGUGGCCCCAGGGCAAUUAUCAAAAGAAAUGAGGAAGCCAACAUUGACACAGCACAAGAAAACUUACAACAAGCCUUGUUUGGGUUUUACCACACAGCUGUCAGGUCUCUUUCACCUUCUUAAAUCUGGAAGGGUGCACGGCACCCACUGUUGAGAAGAGCACAGGCUACUUAUUUUGAGGAAUGUCCCUCAGUGUGAGUUUUCCCUAUUGGAUCUGGGGUUUGCACUUUGGGUGGGGAUUCCGGAGGCGAUGCUGCUGUACCCAGUGUGGCACCUGGCUUGCGCCCGGAGGUGCUGACUGUGCCUCACCUGUUUCUCUGUCCUUCGAGCUAUUCCUGUCAUUCUUCAGGUUCUCAUUGACCUUCUGGCAUAGCCAGAUGUUUCAGGCAUAUCCUGUCCUUUCCCAGUCCCAGCCCUGACACCAGCCAUUUCUCCAAGGAGCCCCGGUGCCUUUCAGUGGGAAAUGGUGUUUGGUAAACCACUGGGUGUGCUCGUGGACACUGGACUGUCACUGCUUCUUGGUCCUUUCAACAGACAGAGCUGAGAAAUAGCCCUCCCUGUCUAUUUCUCUAUUUGACAAUAAACAUUAAAAACCACGAA